CAAGCUGUGAGUUAUGUAACGGAGAGAACUUCUCAUCCUGAUGGUGGAAAGUUUCAGACUGACUACCGCGUCUGCAAAUCCGGAAAUAAUUACUUGCUGGAACCAGGAACUCUUUUCUAGACAAAUAUUUUUUGCUUUAUUUAAUUGACAGUCGAGCAUCAACACCGAACAAAGUUCAGUCUUUUGUCGGGUAAUGAGGCGUUUCGUGCGCCUGAAGGAUAUUUGGAACAGGAGCAACCAGACGCACCGGUGAUGGGGUCCGGUCCAAGCAGAGGGAAGAGAGUCGCACCAGAGUUUGUCAGGGAGGUAAAAGUGACCAAAACAGGAGCUUCUGUCUCUUCAUCCAAGCAGGACCGCGGUCCAUUCCACCGUCUCCACAUUCACGGCGUUGUGCGUAACGCGCGGAGCCGCCUGGACAGAGAGGGCCAGGACGCAGACUUGUCAGAGGGCGACACGGUUCUGGCUGAUGAUGAGGAUCCACGAACGGAAUCUGAGAAGAGAAGUMCCCCGAAAAGAACUUUCAUCUGGUCCAAAACGUACGGAUUGUGCCAUUCUGGUGAGGACGACGCGGAGGAGGAGGUCAGCGCUGCUCCUGCGCCACGUGCGUCAGAGGACGUAAACAAGAGGAAGAAAGAUGCUUUCACACACACACAGCAACACACACCUGAUGGGGUCACUGAGCACCAUUCCUCCUCAAAGAAGUUUUUGGCAAGAGGAACCUUGUUAGAAAAUGUGCCCACACCAGAAAAACAGCCGACGUCUGACAGCUGCCACAUUGCUCCCGUCACCACACCACUCCUUCUGUACGACGGGUCAGAGGAGGAGCUGAUGGACACCAUCGAAAGAGAGUUCAGCUGACAGGUCAGCUCAGCACACAGCAGAUCCGUACCCGGUGGUUUCAACAGGAGAAACUUGGAGCUCAAACAGAACUCAACCCGACUGUUGGAGUUGUUCGAGAUGUGCAUCUGCAGCAUCGGAGCCCAAACAACCCUGAGCGGAUCUGCUUGUUCUGAGCAGGAGUGUUAACUGACAGAGGCCCUCUUUGGUUCGUUAUCUGGAACAUCAGGGUGACGCAUCAUCCUUUUAUUCCCUCUGAGUGCAUUUGUUACCCGUUGUUUUCAGUUGUCUUUUAAUAAUUAAAAAACGUUUUCUGUCCGCUCA